AUGGCGGGUAAAAAAGUAUGUCUGACGGCAUUUCUUUAUUUACAACACGUGACACUCUAUCAAAUGAAAAGGCUACGGAGUCAUUUGAAAAAUCACGGGGUGUCACCGAGAAUCCACGGGAAUCGCGGAAGGAAACCCGCCAACACGUUUUCCCUGGACAUUUAUCAUUGCGCGACGAAUUUCGUACAGGAUUACAUAGAGAAACAUUGCGUGAAAAGCGUACCGAAUUUCACGACUUUUUCCUACGGCAAAACCAAAACGAAUUGUCUGGGUAAUACAUUAUCCGGAUCGAAUGGUCACGCGACAAUUUCGAAAACCAUGAUGAAAAAAACGACGAAAAUGAAAAUCCCCAACAAGAUAACGUCGUAUCAUUUGCCGUCGGAAUGCACGAAGAAAACCGUUCACAAAGAGUACAAAUCCUUUUGCGAAAAUUUAAAACCUAGUCAAAAAGCAAUGAAAUAUUCCACGUUCACGAGUUUUUUACAAAAGCAAUUUCCAAACGUUAAAUUUUCAAAAGUGGAUAAAAAAAUAAAUGGACAAGUGGAGAAAAUUACGUUGUCGCAACAUCAAGAAAGUGAAAGAGGGAAAAGCGCGAACGUGAAAGAUGGUAAGGAGGAGAAGGAUAAUCAAAAAGAUAAUUUUUCGCAGACGACGACGUCGCCGACGCCCCCGCAACAGCAACCGCCCAUUUUAUAUUAUCCGACGAAAACGAUUCAGGUGACAACACAAAAUCCGACCCUUGUAUUAUCCACAGAGGAAAAUUCACCACGGGUAGUUGUUUACAAUAAGACUCAGGCGGUGGCGACGGCGGCGGCCCCGGCGGCGAUCGUUAAAAUGGAUGAAAUGGGAGGACGAAGCGACGAAGGAGGAAGUAGUAGUGGUGGUAGUGGUAGUAGUGGUAGUAAUGGUAGUGGUAGUAGUAAUAGUAGCAAUAAUGAAUUACAAAUGGAUUUCAGGUUUUCAAAUCGGAUUUUAAUAGAUGGUCAAAUAUACGAAGGUGAAACGUGCGAAAACGUUUGCGAAGAAGAAAUGUACGCGACGGAUAACGUUGCGUAA